AAAGUGCGGUUAUUGUUGGUUUCGGGGUGUGUCCAGAGGUGAGGUGAGCGAAGUAUCAGCAGCCAACAUCAGACUGUCAGUCCAAGUCCAACUUCAGGGUGAAACGAUGUUGAGCUGAUUUUAGAACAAGGUUGAGAUAUAGCUCAGAAUUCCUGGGUUUGUUCUUUCUUUUUAUAUUUAUCGCGUGUGUUUCGAACCUCUGUUCACACAUUUUCCUCGGACCCGGAGGAUUUUAUCCGAACACCAUGCGGAGUCUACCUGUCGCUCUCCUCCUUUUCUCCUUUCUCAAAGUGUCUGAAUGUGUAACGGUGUCUGUGGCUCAGAAACAGCAAAGCACAGCUCUAUUUGCUAAUGUGGUCCUCUACUGUGACUACUCCACCUCUGCCAACAUCCAAGAUGUUCUCCUCACCUGGGUGUACAAGUCCUACUGCAUGGAUCCUGUGCUGGACUACUACUCCACAGCUUACCAGGCUUCACUAAAAAUGGGGCAGGAUCCGUCAAAUGACUGUCCAGAUAGUCAGCGGACAAUUCGGACUGUAAUCCAGAAGAAAGGGACCCAAGAGCCAAUCCUGGGAAAUGAUUACCGGAACCGCAGGAUUACCAUCCAAAACAAGGCAGACUUGUCCAUCACUGAGGUGAUGUGGUGGGACAAUGGAGUUUAUUACUGCACUGUUAACGCUGCUGGAGACACAAGUGGAAACCCAGAGCAGCCAGUCAAACUCAUUGUUUACCAUUGGUUAACAGUAUUGUUCAUCAUCCUCGGCGGCAUCCUCCUGCUCAUGCUCUUCUGUAUUUGCUGCUGCCAGUGCUGUCCACAGAAGUGCUGCUGCUAUGUCCGCUGUCCCUGCUGUCCGCAGACAUGCUGCUGCCCGGAGAAAGCUGUUAUGAGGCAUCGUAUGAUGAAGCAGGCUGAGAGGGCCAUGUCUCCAUGGUUAGGUGGACAGCCUAUAUAUGCACCUAUGAGCCAAGCUCCAUCCCAGAUUAACCCUGUGCUUUAUGCAGGAUCCGUCUCAGGGAAAAACAUCCCUCUAAACCCCAUGCCCCUUCCUCCACCUCAUUCUACAGCAUACAGCAUGCCUCCUGCCAAUGGCGUCCACACUCCUGCCAAUAACAACCAGAUGCUUGAUUAUCUGGAGAACCAGGUGCGGGGAAUGGACAUGUCAAGUCCACUGCUACAGUCCCAGCCACCUCACACCAUGCAACAAAUGCCCCCUCCUGCUCAGCACAUUCCUGUCAACAUCCCGUUUUCCCCUGGUCCUCCCAGUAUGAUCUCCGCUCUUGAUGGUCCAACAGAGCGCCGUGUCAUCACACUUCCACCAAUAAGGCAACAAGGAAGGGUUGCGCCCCCAGCACCCAAGUCUCGCCCUCCAAGCUCCAGUGAGAGCAGCCGCAGCGGCUUCAGUCGCCGGGACGAUCGGGGGUCAGCUGGGAGACGUUACCCCUCCCCAACCAGAUCUAGAGGUAUUCCUCGGAGCUACAGCGAGGAGUCACUGGGUGGGAGGAGUCGCAGCAGGUCACAGGCAGGCACAAACCAGAAGCGCUCCCAUUCCAGGGAUGACUUGUUUGACAGUAGGUCCAGAGGAAACUACUCUCCCCCAGCAUCAAGACACCCAGGAUCCUGGAGCUCUGAGGAGGAGGACUACAGCAGGAGGAGAGGAGGAGGAGCAGGAGGAGGAGGCUGGUCUGACAGACCUUCGUAUACGGAGUACGAACCAGGACAGAAACCAAAACGUUAUUCUGACAAGAGUUCCCGCAGCGGCACCAGCGUUGUCAUCUAAACCCAUCUGCUCGUGCAGAUAUGCACGUCCCACUACCCUUGUUAUCUGGUAAACUUUAAAGUCACAGUUUGUAUCUUUAAAGGAAUAAUGCAUCCACUCUUUGUUACCUCUAUGAUAAGCAAAAGGCUCCCAAAAGGAUUCAUGUUGCAUGAAAACACUCAGAAGGUAACCAGUUCAUUUGCCUGUUUGUUUGCAUUUUAUUAUUUAGGACAUUUGACUGUUGAGGAAAUUCCCAAUCCUACUUUUCUCUGCUGGACUGUAUUUUUUAAAAUAUGCUGAGCAGAUGAAGACACUGUGUAAAUGUAAAUAUUGGUUAUUCUCAUGUGUUAGUUGGUCAUGACAUGGACAUGGUCAAUUCUAUGGUGUAAUUUAAUCAAAUGGGCACAACGUCCAAAUUAUAUUCUCUCAAGGUCAGAAAAAAAACUGUGAUCGUAAAAAAAAAGUAUGAAUGGAACUCAGGAAAAUUUGAAGGCUUUUGAACGAUAUGCUAUUUGUCAUCUUCUGGAUAUCAUGAAGGAACUGCAGUAAAUGUGCUUUCUAAUGUGAAUUGUGAGCUCUAAAAUAAGCUGUUUGGCAGGAUUUAGAAGUUGUUUUUUACCCUACAUGCAGUAAAUUCCAUAUUUUGCACUUAGUGCUUGUCAGCAAUUUAAAACAAUUAGCGUAAAUAAAUGAUCUUGUUUGGUAGCGAUGUAGGAAAUGAUGUGAAUAUUACAGGUCUGUUGGACACUACGGCGUAUUUUCCACCAUUGAUUUUUCUUUUGUUUUUAUUGCUGUAGAGCCAGUUGGGAUUUACUAUAAUAAACUUUGUAACUUUUAGGAAAAAAG